UUCUCUCUCUCUCUCACCCCCGCCCCUAUCUCUGGAAACCCACCAGCACGUUUUAACAGUAAUAUUUCUUUAUUUAUUCGUCUACAAAAAAGGCCGCGAUGAGCGAUACACCGAUCUAGAGCGCAAGGACAGGAGCAGUGUGCUGGAGAGGACUUGCAGGGGUGGCCAUGGACCAGGUCGCCUUCCGGAGUGACACUGUGCUGUCAGAUGUGCACCUUUUGCUGCCGAAUGCUCGUCAUCUCAUGGCUCGGCUCAAUAGCGUAGGACAGCCAGUCUUCGUGUCAAAGUUCAGGAUUCUGCGGGAGGAGGAGCAGGUGGAGGUUCAGGACUCUGUGAAAAGUGACCUGGGCGUGUUGCUGGACGAGGACGGAGACCUUGUUGUGACAAGGAAGCCCAACCGCAUGCUGUGUGACCGAGAAAAGAUUCAUCCGGUCAUCCUCAGCCAGGCCGGAGAGGCUGUUAGCGACGAAGAGGACGAUGAGGCAGAAGACAAAGAGUGUGCAAAGGACAUCAUCAGGAUUGAGCACACGAUGGCCACGCCACUGGAGGAUGUUGGAAAGCAAAUCUGGCGCGGAGCUUUCCUGCUGUCUGAUUUCAUCCUCUCUCAUCCUGCUGUUUUCCAAGAAGCAACAGUCCUCGAGCUGGGAGCAGGAACUGGCCUAGCCAGCAUCAUCAUGGCACGUGUCGCCAAAAAGGUGUACUGCACAGAUGUUGGUGAGGACCUGCUCAGCAUGUGUCAGAGAAACGUGGCUUUGAACAGUCAUUAUACUGAGCCUGCAGCAGAGCGAGGCGUGAAAGUGCGGCAGCUGGACUGGACCGCGGACGAUUUCCUCACAGACGCGGACGCUGAGUUCGGCUGGAGCGAGGAGGAGGUGGCGGACCUCCAUGACAACACCACUUUUGUGAUCGCAGCAGAUGUGUGCUAUGAUGAUGACCUCACCGAUGCCCUGUUCCAAACUCUAUACCGAAUCACCAGCAACCUGCGUAGCCCCAGCACGGCCUACUUCAGCAUAGAGAAAAGAUUGAACUUCACUCUGCGCCACAUGGAUGUGUCCUGCGAGGCCUACAAUCAUUUCCGGCUCUGCCUGAAGCAGCUGGCAGACAUGAAGGACGGAAAGAUGAAGUUUACGGUGGAGCCAGUGCCCUGCUCUUUCCCUCAGUCCUUCCAGUACGAGCGAGUGGACCAGCUGGAGCUGUGGAAGGUGUCUGCCUCCGCAGUUUAAACUACACCCACUCCUACCGCCUCAGUCUCCUCACGCAUCAGGAGCCUCCCCUAAAAAGGCUGAAAAAUACAAGCAGGGACGCGGGAAGUGGGGGUGCUGAGGGGAAGGCAGCAUCCCCUGAUUUCAGGACUGCAGCUGUUAAAAACAGACAUAGUAAUACAGAGAUCUGAACUUUUUAAUAAUUUAAAUGUAGCUUAAGUUGAAGACGUGCGUUUGUUAUAUUGAGGAAUUUGUAUUUUUCUAUUUGUAUUUAUAUAUUUUUCAAAACCUACAGUAGCUGCACUGUUUAAGUUCACUCUGUAUUUUCAUUACAGCGACUCAAGUCACUUGCCUCGAUAACAACAGACUACAAAACAUCCAGAUUGAGGUGCAAAGAGAGAGUGUGUGUGCAGAGAGAGAGGCUUUUUAAAAAAGGAAAAAACAUCGACUAACUUGAUAAUAACAUUUAUAUUUCCCACUCAGUGUGCGUUCUGACCGCGCAGCUGUGGGCGUGACACAAUUAAUUACCGCGCCACACAUCAUCGGACUGAUUGGACACCACUCAGUUAAUUUGCAUAACGUUUUUUAUGAAUCAGAGCAGUGAGAGGAUGUGCGUCAGAGAGGUGUCAGUUAUAUAUAUUAUAGUAUAGUUAUAUAUAUAUAUAUAUAUUGUCGUCUCUCACCUCAUUAUAGUGCAGUGUGACGGAUUCAGUUUGAUGUAAUUUAUCAAAAAAAUUCUAAUUAAAAAGGGGAAAUAAUUUAGCAUGACGUCAUCACUCACGUCACAAAUAUACUGCUUAAAAUUCCAGCACUCCCAACUCACCUUCCCGCAUCCCUGGACUACAGUUCAGAACCCUAAAGCUGAUAUUCAGCCUUUUGUAGCUACUCUGUGAUGACAGCGAUGACUCUGUGAUGACAGCGAAUGUCUGUACUUGAAUCUUUAAUGUGAUGCUUAUUAUAGGUACUUAAGUUUGUUUUUCUUUUCUUAAGCUUGUCCUGGUCAGAAAAGAGGACGCUUUUUAAACGGCGGGCAGUGUGAUUGAUUUAAUGAAGGCAUUGCACGUGACGGAGGUGGUGGAGUGGAAGUCAGAGCUGAAUUUUAGUUCAUAGAUUGCAUUUUAUUUGCAAAUUAUCGCUGUUAUAACAAACCCUCGUAUCUCUGCAGUGGCAGCUUGUAAGAACGUAAAUCCACGUUUUUAUAAACAAGUCAGUCGUGCGCUUGUGGGCACACGGUAUACAUGUACAGAGUGUGUCCUGUAUUCAUACAUAUGAAUGUAUGUCCACUACACGGCCCACAUUCUUCUCUUUCGAUGUAAACUGGGCGGUCCCAGCAGUGUCCUCACCAGUCACAAGGCUGAUGUGGUUUGUCUCGUCCACAAAGCUCAUCAGAACUGAAGAAACUUACUGGGAGAAAGCUAACCACCAAGCGAAAGCUAACCACCAAGCGAAAGCUAACCACCAAGCGAAAGCUAACCACCAAGCGAAAGCUAACCACCAAGCGAAAGCUAACCACCAAGCGAAAACUAACCACCAAGCGAAAGCUAACCACCAAGCGAAAGCUAACCACCAAGCGAAAGCUAACCACCAAGCGAAAGCUAACAGCAAGCAUAAGUGAUCUGUCAGGCCAACUCAUUUGUCUGCCUCUUGUCUGUCCAGUCAUCCUUCCUGUUGACCAUGUAUUUGUCCCAUUCAUUCAAUCAUUCAUUCAUUCAUUCGUUCAUUCGUUUAACAGUAAAGUGAAUUAGAGCCUCUCCUUAUAGAAGCUUUAGUGAGUAGGAUCUACAACACGACCUGCUUCACUCACACUGUUGUGUUUCAAUCUGCUACAGUGGUGGAGCAGACUGGGAGUGUUAGACUGAGGGAUGACAAUCACACAUGCUCAUUAGAAUAUUAGGCCACGCCCAUACAGCCAUCAGAUCAGAUCAGCAAUCAUUUAGUGUUUUGUUAAAUUUCUGUUCAAAUUUUCAAAAUAAAAUAUUUUUACUUCAACUUUU